UUUAGUACAUUCUGCACAGCAGUUGGAACGUCAUGUUAUUCUCCCUCACUGCCGUUAUUUACUGUGUUUUGCUGCCGUCUUCCCUUUCUACUUACAUAAAUGAUGACUGCAUCGCCAGGAGGCAGCGCACGAUCACGUCGCCUUGGGGUAACUUCCAGCUCACGGUUUGGAAUCCUCCAGAAGGCGAGGCGUCAGAGCCUCUGCUGACUCUCAUGGCUGACUUCUACGGGACGGACCUACCUGACGACUACACGCGAGUACUGGUGUUCAGGGAGAAGAUUGAGGUCGACGUUACGAGUAGUGAGUCAAGAUCAUUGACAUUUGUGAACAUCAGUCGGAUUCUGCCCGAAGGGUGGCUGGAAUUUCGGGUAGAAUUGUCCCAGAGACUCCAGAUCUUCGCCCCUGGAUUCAAUCAUCCCCUCUUGGACAUCAAAAACCAAAUGACAGUCGAGCAGCUGUUCAUCGAAGGCAGCAACAUUACAGUGAACUGCAAAGACCCCUUCGCCUGGGAGGUAAAAGGAGAAGCCGAGUCAGUCCCCUUAGCGAGCACGGGCUGGUACAACCUCACAAUCCUCUCCAGGAGUCCAGUGUUCCCCGUGCUCUCCCUCGGCUCCAAGGACUUCGACCUCGGAUGGGAUGGGAACGCCGUGGCCAGUAGGACUUCGCAUGGACUCCCGCUUCCAGCCUUCACUAAACACCACAUCUCUGUGAAGUGCGAGGCAUCCGAGCUAAUAGUGGAGUGCUCGUUGAUGAAGGAAGGGAACACAGACGAGGCUAUAGACACCGUCUAUCUGCCAGACAUGAUCCACUUCUUCACCAUAGAAGGCAACGCCAGAGAUUCCUUCCUGAUUUUUGUGGAUUCUCAGCAUGAGCAGAUACAAGAUGUGAAAACCAGUACCCGGAAGAUCACUUUUGAGUACUGGGGUCUCAUCUCGGUCACGGCCAUCUUGUUGAUAGUCAUUUCCGCGUAUUCCAUAAAGAAGGGCAAGAAGUAUUGCUCGGGGAAAAACAAGAGAUCGCGCUCCCGACAAUUCACCGGCGGGAAUUUCGUUUUGAUUGAAGACCUCGUAAAUUCGGGAAAGACCUUUUACUUCGUGGAGAGCGGGAAGCGACCCACGAAGCUGUCCAAGUUAGGAAAUGAAAAAGGAAAUGCUGGAAAUUAAACCCCCUUCAAAAUAUAAAGGCGAUAAUGGCGACGAUAGUUAUAACAAAUAAAUGUCCUGGUUAGGAAAUGCUGGAAAUUAAAGUCCUUGCAAGAUAUGAAGGCGAUAAUGGUUAUAAUAGUUAAAAUAAAUACAUGUACUAUAAUAAACAAGUGUAAUAAA